AGGUAUGGUUUUUUGGCCUGUGCUUCUGGCCUUUGCUUCCGUUUGUCUCCCUUUUUCACUUUGCUUCUCUGUUCUGGGCUACUUUGACUUCGGUGUCGAGGAGGGGCUGAACGGAUGAUACUGGUGGGGUUGGUUGGUGGUUCUGGACGAAUGGUGGCAGCGAUACCCAUACCCGAAUCUCCUAUUCCAUUCCACUUGUGGCACAGCGGUCCUUAUUUCUCUUUUCUUCGUCGUCUGUGUUUAUAUGUGGUCGUGGCUGGGCGGGGGAAGCAAAGACGACGGGUGCCUAGACAGCCUAGGCGGAGCAGAGCACCGCAGCCAGACACGCAGAUAAUCCUGGGAGUUGGGGAGUUUAGAUAUGGAGGAGCCGGGUUGCUUUCUUGCAUUCUUUCCCUUCUCGCGAGAUCUUCCGGUGUUGGUUGCUUUUCUCGUCUGACUCGGGAUCACAUCCUGUUGCUCGGCCGACCUGCCCCAAUAUCGAAAGGAAAGGAAGUCCGUCCUGGCCGUGAGAGAAGGGGUACUCGCGGCGUUGCUGUCUCGGGGACUACAUGCUCACACGCGGCUUUCUAACCCUACGGCGGCAUCACAUGGUUGAGUUGCACCUUACCUGGCUCUGUGGGGCUUCUGCUGCCCCAAGAGCUUCUCACUGAGCUUGCGUUCCGCCUCUUACUGUUUUUUCUUUCUAACGUAUCUCCCUGGCAUUAGUGGCGAGGGAAAUAUA